AUGGCCAGCAUAAAUUCUCUAGUGUCUACCAACUCAUCAAAAAAUGGAAUUGUUGCUGAUUUUUCCAGCAUGGAAAAAGGAAAAUAUGGCCCAGUUCAGACUCCUAUGAAGGAACUCUCAAGCAGAGGUGCAACUUUCAUAUCUGCUUUCCAAAAGAUUAUAGCAGAGUUUGUGGGAACCUACAUUUUCAUAUUUGUGGGUUGUGGAUCAGCUCUUGUUGAUCGAGAAAGGACACUCACUAUUGUCGGUAUGGCAUUGGCAUGGGGGUUGUCACUGAUGGCAUUAAUAUACACUCUUGGUCACGUUUCUGGCGCCCAUUUCAACCCCGCGGUCACAAUUGCUUUUUCUGCAACUCGAAAACUACCACUACUGCACGUGCCUAUGUAUGUAUUACCUCAAUUCUUGGGCUCUACACUUGCAUGUCUCACCUUGAAAGUGUUGUUUAAUCAUCAAAAUGACAUACUACCAACUCUCACUCGGUACAAAAGUCCAGUCACUGAUUUUGAAGCUAUAUUUUGGGAAUUCAUAAUGACUCUCAUUUUGAUGUUUGUGAUUUGUGGAGCUGCUACUGAUGAUAGAGCGAACAAAGAGGUAGCUGGAGUUGCUAUUGGAGUCACACUAGUGUUUGAAGUCCUCAUUGCAGGGCCAAUCACUGGAGCUUCUAUGAAUCCGGCAAGAAGUUUAGGCCCUGCUAUAGUCUCAGGUGUCUAUAAAAACCAAUGGGUCUUUGUUAUUGCCCCGAUUCUUGGAGCCAUGACAGCAACCGGGAUAUAUAGCCUUCUCCGGCAACCAAAGCAGAGCACUAGAGUCUGA